CCACAAGAAAAUGUUUGUAAGGUGGAGGAGGACGGGGUUUCCAGUGACCAGCACCUGGAUAACCUGGAGAGGAGCUGCAGCCCGGACCAGGAGGAACCAGGGCAUCCACAGACUCCAGAACUGGAGGAAGACUCCAGCGGUCAGGAGAUUAAGCAAGAAGACGUAGAGGUGGAUGUCUCAUUGGUCAAUGUUGCAGAUGUGAAAGUUGAAAAUGGUGAACCAGGACCAAACUGUGGCCAGCUGCUGUUGCACACUUCUCCUGAAACCCAAAACAAAGAUGAGGAAGGGUCUGAAAGUUUAUGCUCAGACUCCAGUAAAACUGCAGAUCCGGAGCCAAUGAGACGACACAGUGACCACGAAGAAUCUGCUGUCCCGUCAGACAGCAACUGUAAAUCAAAGCUGACCAGGACCCACACGGGGAAGAAGAUGUUUUCUUGCAGCACUUGCAGGAAAGAGUUCAGUAAAAGUUGUAAUUUCAUGGAUCACGUGAAGAUCCACACUAGCGAAAGGUCGUACCUAUGCAACACCUGCGGCAAAACCUUUACUUAUUUAUCAUAUCUUAAACGGCACAUAACCACACACACGGGCGAGAAGCCCUACAUAUGCAAAACAUGUGGAAAAGGUUACAGGCUACAUUCCCAACUGGUGAUUCACUCAAGGACCCACACGGGCUACAAGCCCUACAUCUGCAAAACAUGUGGAAAAAGUUACAGAGAACGUUCCCACCUGGUGAUUCACUCGAGGACCCACACUGGCGAAAGGCCGUACCUGUGCAACACCUGCGGAAAAACCUUUACUAAAUCAUCACAUCUUAAAAGCCACAUAUACACGCACACGGGCGAGAAGCCCUACAUCUGCAAAACAUGUGGAAAAAGUUACACUCAAAAUUCCAACCUGGUGAUUCACUCGAGGAUCCACACUGGCGAAAGGCCAUUCCUGUGCAACACCUGUGGAAAAACCUUUACUAAAUCAUCACAUCUUAACCGCCACAUAACCACGCACACGGCUGAGAAGCUAUAUUAGUGCAAGACGUGCGACAAAGGUUUUAGACGCAGAAUUGAUUUGCUGAGUCACAUAAGAAAUCACCCGGAGGAGAAGUCUGGUGACUCGUGACAAAUGAAGUUCAUGUUGUCGUCCUUCGGGGGCAGCUGUCCACUUCUGUCUGACCCACAGAAGAAGAACCCGCAGAAGUCCAACCACCUCCUCCUGUGGUUGAUGAGACUAAUCCCCUCCCCACAAGGGUUGCAGGUUCAACCCGGAUUUAUGCUUCUCCGUCAACUUGACGCAGAGGGAACGAUGUGAUUGUUUACUUUCUUUUAAAGU